CUGCCUGAAGUCCAGUGAUCCAUAAAUGGACCGAAGUUGGGGCGUAGCUGGCGCCGCCAGCGUCACCGCUUUCUUUACGGUGGUGAUGAUGAUGAAUUCCGGGUUCUUCUAUGUCUCCUUCAUGGAAGAAUUUGGAGUCGACAGAGAGGCAGCCUCAUGGCCCGCCAGCGUCAUGUCAAUCUUGGCACACUCGUCAGGUCUGCUAGUUUCAUGCGCUCAGCGGCACCUGUCCGUCUUCCAGCUCGGCCUGAUUGGCAGCGUCUUCCUGUGGGCAGGAAUCCUGGGAGCCGUCUUCGCUCCCAACAUGGCCUGGAUGACCGUCACGCUAGGCGCGAUCCAUGGUGUGGGCGUGGGAGUCGUCUGCGUGACUCUCAUCAUAGUAGUUAUGAUGUACUUCGACAAAUACCGUGGUGUAGCCAGUGGCCUCAAGUUCGCCGGCUACUCUAUGGCCUCGCUGCUGUUUCCCACAAUACUGACGUCGCUGAAAGCAGCCUACGGCUUCAGAGGAUCUAUGCUCGUGUACGCAGCAAUCACCAUGAACGUGACAGCUCUGACACUGCUUUUGAAAGAGCCUCCAUGGCAAAUAAACGCGCGGAAAGGUAAGACCGAAGCGUGUGAGCAAGAAAGUGAGAGCUACUCCUCGAUUACCACUGGAACUCUGGAUAGCGCAAUUUCUAACCCUUUAGCGGGUCGAGAAGGUGCCAGAAGUAAUGGCACUGGAAGUGCAGAAUCUAUUAACACCGUGAGCUCUCUCACUCCAAACGGUGUUGGUGUGGUAGACUGUAUUCAUAACUGGGCAACGAGAUCAGAAGUACUAAGGAUACAUGCGUGCAGCAGUAGCAAUGAGUACCCCGCAGAGAAUUCAAAUAACCCAAACAUAUUUAAAACCUGGCUUCAUAGUUUCACGUUUCUGGGAAAGCAAGAAAGCACGAACCAGACGACUGCCAUGCAAAACGGAAGCAAUGGAAAGCGAACAGCAGCGAUUGUGAGCGAAGAUAAAGUAUCAAAUGAAGCAAACCAGUGUACCACGCAGAAGCCUAAGCAUUCUUGUGCGUCAUUCCGCGAGAUCGGCCACUUGCUGUCCAAGCCUAGGUUCUACGCUUGCGUGUUGGCGGUCGUAGCGAUGGACUACACAAUGGCCGUCUUUCCAGCGACCAUAGUGGACUACGCGCUUGACAAAGGGUCUUCCCGGAGAGACGCUGACCUUUCAGUGACCUACUGCUCGCCAGCCGAGCUAUUUGGUCGCAUUGUGCUUCCACUAAUCGGUGACUGCAGGAUCGUGAGCAGGACAACUUUGGUAUCCGCGUGCUUCUUCCUGCUUGCCGCUACUAUGCUGGCCCUACCAGCGACUCCUUCCUUCCUGGCUUACAUUCUCGUGUGCGCGUGCGUGACAAUGUUCACGGCUUGCUUGAUCGCCAUGAAGCCUGUGGUGAUUGCCGACUACUUCGGCAUCGAGAGCGUCGCAACCAGCUGGGGAUUCGCUGGAGUGACGUUGUUACCUCUACUCCUGUGCAGCCCGUAUAUUAUCGGUUACUUUCGGGACAGAGGAGGAAGCUACGAUGGACUUUAUCAGCUUCAAGCUGGAAUCCACUGCUUCGUCGGCGGUCUGUUCGGACUUCUCGCUGUCUUAGACAGAAGAAGGCGCAACAAGUGGACGAGAAACCGAAUAAAUUAGGCUGCUCACUUCAAUCCGUUUUGUUGUUACUCAUGAUUGUACCUUACAUUGUUUAUGCCUUGCAUUAUGAGAAGACGUUCAACUUUAAAAGUUGUCAUUAUCACCGUAACCUUUCGGAAACAUCGGAGGUUUCCAUAAGAACGGUUGCUGCGACGUAAGAAUCUUCCGGAAAAGCGCCAACGUAUUAUAUAUUCUAUACACUUAACAGAAGAACACCCAUAUGAGCGUUCUUGCUUGUUCUCUCGCACACUCCCCCUUUUGACAAUUUAUUACCAUUCAAUGGGAGUAAAAUAUAACUCCUGUUUAGGUGGGCGCGUUUUCGGUAGACAACAA